GAAAGGAGGAAAAUUAUAGACCAAGAGCAAUAAUAGAAUCAAACAAAAAAUCAUUGCAGAUGGAAAAUCAUUACCAUCAUCAACAGGUAGAAGAUAAGCCGAAAAGGAGCCCACCAAACCAUGUUUUCUUCUCUUUGUGUAACCUCAUUAAUCAAUACAUACUGUAAUGUCUAUGACUCUAGUCCCUUAAAAAGACAAAAAAACCCAACUCCAAUCCCAUAUAAAGUAAGGUUGAUAGAUGUAAUAAACCCCACCCAUUCUUGAUCGAUCUCUGUAAUUUUCUUAGAAAUUGGGAUCAAUGGCUGCAAGAUUGUCUCUUUGUUCAUCUCCCAUGGCUGCUCCAUUCAUGGGGGGAAUCCGGUCGUUGCGAUUACGGGUCGGAUGUCUAACAAGUAGUAAACUUGUGAUGAUGUGUUCCAAGAAUCAUACUCACACCAGAUCAUCUACCAAGAACAAGAUUUUCGAAGAUCGGUCGGCUGGUAUUGUUUGCUACAGAGAUGAGAAUGGAGAGAUAACAUGUGAAGGGUACGAUGAGGGCCCUCGUUUUCAUAAGAAGUCAUCAAGACUUGAUCAUAAUACAAGAGAUGUUGAGAUAAUUGAACUCCUUCAAAGAUGUUGGCUGCGAGUGGCUGAAGAGAGUCAUCAAGACAAAGGGGGGAACUGAUUCUGACAGUAACUGCUUCAAGAAAUUAUGUUUUCAAUUAGUGGAUGGAUUAUGUAUAUUGAUAUAAUACUAAGAAUCAUUCCCACUUACAUAAUUAUGGAGUAUUAUAUAUGGUUUUGUUUUUUA